UUCACUCUCUCCAUCACGAAAAAAAAUUUCUCUCCAAGAGGAAAAGCGAUUGUGAAACAUUGAAGGUAAAUCGGAGGUGAUGAUGGGGGAUGAUGAAUUUGGACAGGAAGAUGAUGAAUUAAGGAACCUUGGAUCAGGGUGUACGAAGGUGGGUGUGAAGAUUUCGGCGGCGUGGAGGAGAUUGGGUGGGUGUGAAGAUUCCGGCGGUGUGUACGAAGGUGGGUGUGAAGAUUCCGGCGGCGUCUGAUAAUCUGAGUUUCAGGUUCUAAUACGUCCUUCUCCUGCCCUUCGAAUAAAUGUUACUUGUGGUUUUUCUUGGUCUAUGGAGUUCCUUGGUGGCUUCUUAGUUUUGAAGCAAUAGAAAGAGGUUGAGGCUUUGUUCUGUCCAUAUGAAGGUGUGGUUGAGAUGACUGUUCUACCGGGUGUUUGUUUCUUUUUGAUUUAGGUUUUGGUUUCAUCUUAGUGAUGGUGUGUGGUCAUCGUGAAUGGGUGGUUCAGAUGAUGGUUUUAACUCUUCAUGAAGAACUUCUACUUCUCAUGCUCUUUUGCCUAGUUGUGGUGAGACUUCCGAGUUCCCAGAUUGCUACAUUGAUUCUAUUAAUGAUGAUUGUUUACAGGAAGAAGGCAUGUUUCGAUGCAAUUAUCAAGAACCUUCAUCGGACUAACCAAUCUUCUCUUAAUGGAAGGUAUAGUAUAAUGAUAUGUGGACACUCACUCUGUUUUGCAAGAAAUGUGUUGUGAUAAUAACUUUCUUUCUCUGUUUUUUUUUGCUGCUGCUGCUUGUGUAAAGAAACGAAGAUGAAGUGAUUGAUGGCAAGAGAAAACAUCUGAAACCAGGUAACGUAUCUCCUCGUCCAUGCCCAUAUAACGUGUUACCCCCUUCCUUACGUUGAGACUUUUACAGUCCCUGCAAUCUCAAACGAAGAUAAAGCUGAGGUUGCUUCCUGAAGGGUUUUGGAGAGGAUACAAGGGUUGUUUGUUCUUGAUCUCUCCAACAAUCAGCUCCAGGUAAUCGUUCAUCGCUAAGUGGUAGCAUGGGAUGGCCGUUUAUUGGAGAAACCAUUUCUUUUUUCAAACCUCAUAGAUCAGACUCCAUUGGUACAUUCUUGCAACAACGUGUUUCACGGUAUGGAAAAGUUUUCAUGUCAAAUCUAUGUGGUGGAAAAGCAAUAGUCUCAUGUGACCAAGAACUCAACAUGUUCAUACUUCAACACGAAGGGAAGUUAUUUACAUCGGAUUAUCCAAAAGCGAUGCAUGACAUUCUCGGCGAAUAUUCCCUACUAUUAGCCACCGGAGAAAUUCACAGGAAACUAAAAAAUGUUAUCAUUAGUUUUAUCAAUCUCACAAAGUCGAAACCUGCCUUUCUUCUCUGCGCAGAGAACCUCUCUAUCUCGAUGCUAGAGUCAUGGAAAAAUUGCCGAGAAAUCGAAUUCCAUAAAGAAGUUAAAAUGUUUACUUUGAGCGUUAUGGUAAACCAACUAUUGAGCAUAAAACCAGAAGAUCCAGCUAGACGUUAUGUAUUGCAAGAUUUUUUAUCUUAUAUGAAAGGGUUUGUAUCGUUACCAGUACCGCUUCCAGGAACCGCCUAUACAAACGCAAUUAAGGCUAGGAAGAGAUUGUCCACGAGGGUUAUGGACAUGAUAAAACAGCGAGAAAAUGAAGAACAAGAGAUGAAGAAGGGAUUAAGAGAAGAAGAUUUUCUAGAUGUAAUAAUGUCAAAUGAGGAUCUAAAUUACGAAGAGAAAGUUAGCAUUGUCUUGGACAUUUUGCUUGGAGGUUUUGAAACAAGUGCUACUCUUCUUUCAUUGGUUGUCUAUUUUCUAGCAAAAUCUCCAAGUCUUCUUCAGAAACUCAAAGAAGAACAUGAAGCCAUUAUAGCCAAGAAAGGAGAUGGAGAACUCUUGAACUGGCAAGAUUAUCAGAAGAUGGAAUUCACCCAAUGUGUGAUGUCUGAAGCACUGCGAUGUGGAAAUAUUGUCAAGACGGUACAUCGAAAAGCUACCCAUGAUAUUAAAUUCAAAGAAUAUGUGAUUCCGAAGGGAUGGAAGGUGUUUCCUAUUUUCACAGCAGUACAUCUUGAUCCAUCACUCCAUGAAAAUCCUUAUGAAUUUAACCCCAUGAGAUGGACCAACAAGGGGAAGAUGAACAAGAAAACGACGGCGUUUGGGGGAGGAGUAAGAGUAUGUCCUGGUGGUGAACUUGGAAAACUCCAAAUCGCUUUCUUCCUUCAUCAUCUUGUCCUCUCUUAUAGGUGGAAAAUAAAGUCUGAUGAAAUGCCAAUAGCACAUCCUUACGUGGAGUUUAAGAGAGGCAUGCUUUUGGAGAUCGUUCCAACAAGUUAGAUCCAUGAAGAUUGGCUGCUUUAGUAAUGUAUCUAUCUUAUAUGUAAAUAUGAAUCCAGUGUUUCUGUGUUGUACUUUAAUUAGUUGCUUCCGUGGCGAAAGCAUGUAUUAUAUCUGUUGCUUUAUACACUAUAUUCCAAAAGUAUCUAUUACUUGAA